AAUAACUGGUGAACCCACUACAACCAUCACUGGUAUGUCGACAACAACUGGUGAACCCACUACAACCAUCACUGGUAUGUCGACAACAACUGGUGAACCUACUUCAGCCGUUGUUGGUGUGUCGAUAACAAAGUUUACAGCUGUACCCACUACAAACAUCACUGGAGCAUCAACAACAACUGGUGAACCCACUGAAACAUUGACAAUAACUAGUGAAUCCACUACAACAGUCACUGGUGUGUCGGUAACAAAGUUUACAGCUGUACCCACUACAAACGUCACUGGAGCAUCAACAACAACUGGUGAACCUUCUUCAGCCGUUGUUGGUGUGUCGACAACAAGUUACGAAUCCACAACUACUGUUACUGCAGCAACUACUACAACCAUCACCGGUGUGUCAACAACAACGGUUACAGCAGCACCCACUACAACUGUCACUGAUUCAUUAACAACCAUUGGUGAACCCACUGAAACCAAAACUGAUUCAUCAACAACCACUGGUGAACCCACUGAAACCAAAACUGAUUCAUCAUCAACAACUGGUGAACCCACUACAACCAUCACUGGUAUGUCGACAAAACCUGGUGAACCCACUACAUCCGUCAUGGGUGUGUUGACGACAACAGUAACUGGUUCAUCGACAACUACUAGUGAACCCAUGACAACCAUUACUGGUCCAUUGACAACAUCCGGUGAACCCACUACAACCAUCACCGGUGUGUUGACAACAACUGGUGAACCCACUACAACAAUCACUGGUGUGUUGACAACAACGGUUACAGCUGCACCCACUACAACUGUCACUGAUUCAUUAACAACCAUUGGUCAACCCACUACAACCAAAACUGAUUCAUCAACAACAAAUAGUGAACCCACUACGACCAUCACUGUUGUGUCGACAACAACUGCUGAACCCACUACAACUAUCACUGGUGUGUCGACAACAAUUGAUGCAACAACAGCUACUGUUACUGCAGCACCCACUACAAUCGUCAUGGGUGUGUUGACGACAAGUGGUGAACCCACUACAACCGUCAUUGAUGCAUCGACAACUACUAGUGAACCCACGACAACCGUUACUGGUACAUUGACAACAUCUGGUGAACCCACUACGACCAUCACUGUUGUGUCGACAACAACUGCUGAACCCACUACAACCAUCACUGGUGUGUCGACAACAAUUGAUGCAACAACAGCUACUGUUACUGCAGCACCCACUACAAUCGUCAUGGGUGUGUUGACGACAACUGGUGAACCCACUACAACCAUCAUUGAUGCAUCGACAACUACUAGUGAACCCACGACAACCGUUACUGGUCCAUUGACAACAUCUGGUGAACCCACUACGACCAUCACUGUUGUGUCGACAACAACUGCUGAACCCACUACAACCAUCCCUGGUGUGUCGACAACAUCUGGUGAACCCACUACAACCGUCAUUGAUGCAUCGACAACUACUAGUGAACCCACGACAACCGUUACUGGUACAUUGACAACAUCUGGUGAACCCACUACGACCAUCACUGUUGUGUCGACAACAACUGCUGAACCCACUACAACCAUCACUGGUGUGUCGACAACAAUUGAUGCAACAACAGCUACUGUUACUGCAGCACCCACUACAAUCGUCAUGGGUGUGUUGACGACAACUGGUGAACCCACUACCACAAUCACUGGUGUGUCGACUGUAACGGUUACAGAUAUACCCAUUACAACCGUAACAGGUGCAUUGACAACAGCGAUUACAACGUCUCCAAAUACAUUCAUCACUGGUGUGUCGGCAUCUACUGAUGAACCCAAUUCAACUGUAACUGGUGGGUCAACAACAACUGGAGAACUCCCUUCACCCGUCACUGCUGCUCCUGCUACAAGUAUUGUUCCUCCUACAUCUUCUGUCACUACCACUGUGGCUGGUACUACCACCGCAACAACUGGAGAACCUGUCACUGUUCCUGCUACCGUUCCUACAACUACAGUGUCAAGGAAAGCAUCACCACUGUCAACAACUACCAGCACAGCUCCAACUACCACAACAACCAACGCAACAACCACUACUACAACAACAACUACUACUACAAGUACAACAACAACUACAACUGCAACUGCACGUCCUCGACUUGCUCCACUGGUGGCUUUCGUCAUACAACAAGUGUUUGUAGAAGCUUUAAAUGACCCUCAAAGUACACAAUUCCAAGAACUUGCAGUAACUAUUACUGCAGUGUUUGAUGUGAUCUACAAAGCAAAAUAUGGGAUCCUUUUCAUCCGGACGAUUGUUCUUGGAUUCACACCUAUUUUCCAUUCCCGUAUGGAUGCAGAAACACAGGCAGAGGUCCAACUGGUGUUCAAUGAGACCUCCACUCAAUCUGUCCCUGAGGUUACUGACAUUAGCAAUACACUGAAAGAAGCAGUUGCCAAUCCAAACAUUACCUUUGGCAACCUCUCUGUGGAUGUCACCACCAUCAUUGUUCAAGCUGCUCCUGCUACAAGUAUUGUUCCUCCUACAUCUUCUGUUACUACCACUGUGGCUGGUACUACCACCGCAACAACUGGAGAACCUGUCACUGUUCCUGCUACCGUUGCUACAACUAGGCCCACAACUACAACCACUACAUAUGUGGCCUCCACAACUACAGUGUCAAGGAAAACAUCACCACUGUCAACAACCAGCACAGCUUCAACUACAACAACCAACGCAACAACCACUACUACAACACCUACUACUACAACUAGUACAGCAACAACAACAACUGCAACAACAACAACUACAACUGCACAUAUUAAACCUGUUCCACUGGUGGCUUUCGUCAUACAACAAGUGUUUGUAGAAGCUUUAAAUGACCCUCAAAGUACACAAUUCCAAGAACUUGCAGUAACUAUUACUGCAGUGUUUGAUGUGAUCUACAAAGCAAAAUAUGGGAUCCUUUUCAUCCGGACGAUUGUUCUUGGAUUCACACCUAUUUUCCAUUCCCGUAUGGAUGCAAAAACAAAGGCAGAGGUCCAACUGGUGUUCAAUGAGACCUCCACUCAAUCUGUCCCUGAGGUUACUGACAUUAGCAAUACACUGAAAGAAGCAGUUGCCAAUCCAAACAUUACCUUUGGCAACCUCUCUGUGGAUGUCACCACCAUCAUUGUUCAAGUGCCCACCACAAAUAACAACACAACUACAACGGCUACUCCUGUCAUCACUACUGCUAUCAUCACAACUACAACCACUGAAACUACGGUUGUGGCACUCACUAAGGUGACUGUGGUGUUCCGGUCCAGCGGAGAGACAUUUACCUCUGACCUGUCAAACCCAUCAUCUCAGGCCUUUCAAACCCGAGCAUUACUGAUUAAAACUCAGCUUGAACCUUUCUAUCGAUCAGCUUUCACCUCUUUCAGCAGUUUGACUGUGACAGAAUUCAGCUCUGGAUCCAUCAUCAAUACUAUGAAUUUAGCAUUCAGAUCCUCCUCCGUCCCAAAUUCCAUGGAGAUUAGCACUGUUUUGAUAAAUGCCGCCCCAAAAAUCACAGCUUUCAACAUUGACCCCACCUCAGUGAGAGUCAACGGCACAGCUGUGACCUCAAGUGGAAUAAGCAGCAAGACCAGUCUCUGCACAGCAUUCUUUCUGGUGGUUCUGUCGCUGCUACUGUCAAGCCAGCAUUAGUCUCAGUGGCAACGCCCACUAAAAACACUAUUUCACUCACUGGCAAGCAGCAGAACGAAAUAGUGUGUGUAGUCAUAUUUUCACUUUGAGAACUUCCCACACAUUCCAACCCCUACCCCAAUUCCACCCAUGAUAUGAAUAGUGUCCAAAAAUGAAAUCAAGUCUUGUAUGCUGACAUAAGAUACACUAUGUGUGGCAGUUGAACACAACGAUGUGAUAUAAUUACUGCCUAUUCUAUCAAAAUGUGUAAGUGUAUGGGUUUCCGUCAUAAGUCGAUGUUAUUUCCAUGCAAUGAAAAAUAAUGUUUGAUUUAAUAUGCACUUAAGGCUAUUUUUGAUUCUCUCUGUUGCUGAUAUGAACUAAAAAGUUGAUUCACUCUGUUGCUGAUAUGAACUAAAACGUUGAUUUACUCUGUCGCUGAUAUGAACUAAAACAUUGAAUCACUCUGUUGCUGAUAUGAACUAAAACGUUGAUUCACUCUGUUUGCUGUUAUGAACUAAAACGUUGAUUUACUCUGUCGCUGAUAUGAACUAAAACAUCUAUUCACUCUG